GGACGCGAGGUUGGGCUUCGUGCGGUGGGGCUCGCUCGCGCGGCGGCAGUAGCCGAGGCCUCUUAGUUCUGCGGCACGUGACGGUCGGGCCGCCUCUGCCGCUGUCUCCACUGCAGCACGGGGCCGGGUGUGCGGGUGGGAGAAGGUGAGGGAGCCGCCAGUGGUCCCCGGGAGGCUCGAGAUAGAUCAUGGAAGGGAAGUGGUUACUGUGUUUGCUACUGGUCCUUGGAACUGCAGCUAUUGAGGCUCAUGAUGGACAUGAUGAUGACAUGAUUGAUAUUGAAGAUGAUCUUGAUGAUGUUAUUGAAGAGGUAGAAGAUUCAAAAUCUAAAUCAGAUACCAGCACUCCUCCAUCUCCAAAGGUCACCUACAAAGCUCCAGUUCCAACAGGGGAGGUUUAUUUUGCUGACUCCUUUGACAGAGGGUCUCUGUCAGGGUGGAUUUUAUCUAAAGCCAAAAAAGAUGACACUGAUGAUGAAAUUGCCAAAUAUGAUGGAAAGUGGGAGGUAGAUGAGAUGAAGGAAACAAAGCUUCCAGGGGAUAAAGGACUUGUACUGAUGUCUCGGGCCAAGCAUCACGCCAUCUCUGCUAAACUGAACAAGCCCUUCCUGUUUGAUACCAAGCCUCUCAUUGUUCAGUAUGAGGUUAAUUUUCAGAAUGGAAUAGAAUGUGGUGGUGCCUAUGUGAAGCUGCUUUCCAAGACGCCAGAACUCAGCCUGGAUCAGUUCCACGACAAGACUCCCUAUACUAUUAUGUUUGGUCCAGAUAAAUGUGGAGAGGACUACAAACUGCAUUUCAUCUUUCGACACAAAAAUCCCAAGACGGGUGUAUAUGAAGAAAAACAUGCUAAGAGGCCAGAUGCAGACCUGAAGACCUAUUUCACUGACAAGAAAACGCAUCUUUAUACAUUAAUCUUGAAUCCAGACAAUAGUUUUGAAAUAUUAGUUGACCAGUCUGUUGUGAACAGUGGAAAUCUGCUAAAUGACAUGACUCCUCCUGUAAACCCUUCACGUGAAAUUGAAGACCCAGAAGACCGGAAGCCUGAAGAUUGGGAUGAAAGGCCCAAAAUAGCAGAUCCAGAUGCUGUCAAGCCAGAUGACUGGGAUGAAGAUGCCCCUUCUAAGAUUCCAGAUGAAGAGGCCACCAAGCCUGAAGGCUGGUUAGAUGAUGAACCUGAGUAUAUUCCAGACCCUGAUGCGGAGAAGCCAGAGGAUUGGGAUGAGGAUAUGGACGGAGAAUGGGAGGCUCCUCAGAUUGCCAACCCCAAGUGUGAGUCAGCCCCUGGGUGUGGUGUCUGGCAGCGACCUAUGAUUGACAACCCCAAUUAUAAGGGCAAAUGGAAACCUCCCAUGAUUGACAAUCCUAACUACCAGGGAAUCUGGAAACCAAGGAAAAUACCAAAUCCAGAUUUCUUUGAAGACCUAGAACCUUUUAAGAUGACUCCUUUCAGUGCUAUUGGUUUGGAGCUCUGGUCCAUGACAUCCGACAUCUUUUUUGACAACUUUAUCAUUAGUGGUGACCGAAGAGUAGUUGAUGAUUGGGCCAAUGACGGGUGGGGCCUGAAGAAAGCUGCUGAUGGGGCUGCUGAGCCAGGUGUAGUGGGGCAGAUGCUGGAGGCAGCUGAAGAGCGUCCAUGGCUUUGGGUGGUCUACAUUCUGACUGUAGCUUUGCCAGUGUUCCUUGUGAUCCUCUUCUGCUGUUCUGGAAAGAAACAGUCUAAUGCUAUGGAGUACAAGAAGACGGAUGCUCCCCAGCCAGAUGUAAAGGAUGAAGAAGGGAAGGAAGAAGAGAAGAACAAGAGGGAUGAAGAAGAAGAAGAGGAGAAGCUUGAAGAGAAACAGAAGAGUGAUGCUGAAGAAGAUGGUGGUGCUGGCAGUCAAGAUGAGGAAGAUAGCAAGCCUAAAGCAGAGGAGGAUGAAAUUUUGAACAGAUCGCCAAGAAACAGAAAGCCACGAAGAGAGUGAAACAAUCUUAAGAACUUGAUCUGUGAUUUCCUCUCCCUCCCCUUCCCCUGCAAAUGUGGUCCUAGGAGAGGGCCUGGUGUACCUUAGGUGGGAGCUCAGAAAACCUCAAGAUGUCACCAUCAACAGGUUCCAGUGAAUACUAGCCUGUAAUUUUAAACAUCUAGCAGUAAAUAAUUGCAGUUGUAAUGUAAAGGACCCUGUUUCUGUAGAAAGGAAAACAUUUAACAUAAUGGUUGUGAAAUGUAACAUGAAGCAACUAACUAGUGUUUUGUUGUUUUUAAAAUUUCCCAGGUUUGUCUUUUUUUUUCCUUUUCCUUUUUUUUUUUAGAUACAAUGAUAGAAUUUUUGCCAGUUUAAAAUCUUGGCUUAAUUUAAUAUAUUAAUUUGUUCAUGCAGAAAUAACACCAACAUUAGGAAUGCUAGGGAGAAUGAAUUGCAGUUUUUAUAACAAUUUUUUUUAAGUUUGGUAUUAAAGCAUUCAUGUGUCUGUCCUAAAAUUGUAAUCACGUUCAAGUGCAUUCAUUUGUGGUUAUAAAUCUUGUUUUGUGUGCUUCCAUUAGUUAAUUCCUUUUAAGGACACAAGAGUGAUUGGAUGGAAGCCCAAAUUUAUAUCAAAGUUCCCUUUACAUUGUAUUGAAUAGACCCAAAAAGAACUAAAAGGAGACUUUGACUUGGUCAUUUCACAUCAGAUCAUAAAGUGCAGUGUUCUGUUGCCCUAGGGACUGCUCCAUUCACAAACACCUUUGCAGAGGAAAGGAGCUGGCUUCAUGCAGCAGUUCAUACUGUACUUCCCUUAUAGGAGGUCUGACAGCUCGGGUCCUCUGGAGCACAAGGCUUUUUAAGGAAUGCUGGUGGUGCCUGGGUAGAUAAUUACAUCACUGUUCCACUGUGUUGACACUGUUUUCCUCAUGGAUCUCCUCCAUCCCUAGCUUUCUCUGCUAUGCAUUUUCUUCACAGCGCAGCUUGCAGUCCGUUGCUGAAAAUUAUAAGCUCUGCAUAGUGUUGGCUUUACUGUGGUGACAUGUUUCUUCUUUUUUAGCUGGCCCACACCUUCCUAGGGUCCAACUACAGGAUAGAUUACAGACUUUCCAUUAGUGUCUAUUUCUUUUACUCUGUGUAGACUUUAGAAAGUCUAAUCCACAGGUGGGCCAAUUCAGAAUUGACUAUAAUUGAACACAUGCUAAAAAGUAUUUAUGGGAGAAUUGACACACAGCAUGAGUUAUUUGACUUUUGUAGGAUAUUUAAAAUCUUCAUUUGCAGUUCAUGUAACAGUUGUGUCUUAAAAUUCACAUAAUAAAGCAGUCCUGUUCAAAGAAAAAAAUUUUUUUUUUGUGGCUUGUAGAAUUUUUUAAAAGUGAAUUUAGGGCUUUUUGUUUUUUGUUUGUUUUUUGUUUUUCAUGUGGAAUGCAGAUGGGUGCUAGAGGAGCCUCUCCCACAUCACUAUAGUGUAAUAUUAUUACACCACACUGAAAUGUAUUCAGAAACAGAUGUUUCAAUUUCAUUCUUUCUCCAGAGGUGGUCCAGUUGUACCAAUGAUACUAUUCCUUGCACUGAAUAUAUAUAAACACUCUUCGGUGUUUAUAUUGGGGAGAUACUGGGAAAGAAAUAUAUUUGUUAAGGAUGAAGGCUGUAUCUGUUGUCUUUAUAAACACUGGUUCAUUUCUUUUGAGGGUGGAAUGCAUUUUUCUUCCUGUUCAGUGCUUUAUCACCAUCUGUUGUUUGUGGUCACAGUGACCAUAGCUAUGUAGCGGACGUUUCCAAAUGUAUAGAGUGAAAUAAACAGUUACUAGCAAGAAAUGAAUACAUGUCUGCAGGUUUCUCCUUGAAGCAAACAUGGGGAUGAUUGCUUUUCUAGAAAUCUGUUUAUCUGCUUCAUCAUUCUACAUUGACAUUGUUUUGUGCCUACUUUAUAUUCACCCAGGCUGUACAAUGACAGGUUUAUUUAUGUCAUGGUGGUGGUCAUUGCCUUUUUGGGUCCCUCUUCCUCCCUCAAGGUUCCAUUGAAGCUCCAGCCUCCUUAAAUGCCUGACACGUUAGUGAAUGAUCAGCAGUUUUCAGCUCUUAAAAAAAGCUUAGAGGGCAGGUAUUGUAGCUCAGUAGGUAGAACUGCUAAGCAUGUGCAAGGUUCCAUGGGUCUGAUUCCUGGCACUGAAUUAAAAUAAACGCCCUUAUAUUCUGA